UCAGGUUUUUAGAUUUUUGCCGAGGUGUUAUGGUGUGUUGAGUGGUCAAUUAUACAUUUAUAUGAAAAAUAUAAUUAUAUAGUUCAAAUUAAUAAAGUUAAGGCAGGAGAAUUCUCAAAAACUAUUUUUGAUUGGACUACUAAAAAUGAAUUUGUCUCAAUAACGCUAUUACUGUUACUUUUUCGAAAUCUAACCUCAAAAUAAAUGAAACACCUAAAAAGUAAAGUGCUGCAACUAAAUUCUCACGAAUAUUUGCAUAAAUGGCACAAAAUGAUACAAAGUCAAACCAUAUAAAUAAUAGUGCUCGUCUUCAACCAGCUAAUUUAGAAUGUAAAAAUUUACACGAUUACUUAAAAACACGAUCUCCGGCUGUACUUGAAAGGCUUUACAACCACCCUACUAUUUGUUUGGCUGUGUAUAGAGAGUUACCUGAAUUAGCCCGUCAAUAUGUUAUCAGAAUAUUAUUCGUGGAACAACCUGUUCCACAAGCUGUAAUUGCUUCAUGGGGCCAUCAAAAAUAUGCAAAGGAGCAUUCACAUGUUUGUAAUGUCUUAAGUGAAUUAUCAGUUUGGCAGGAAGCAAGCAUAAGAGGUGGAUUAGCAGGAUGGCUUUUGUCUCCCACAUUCAAAAGAAAUUUGAAAAUUGCUCUUCUUGGGGGGGGAAAACCAUGGACAAUGUCAUCAGCUCUAGACCCAGAUAACAAAGCACGAGAUGUUGCUUUUUUAGAUGCUUAUUCUGCAGAAAGAUGGGAAUGUGUUUUGCACUAUAUGGUUGGCUCACAACAGCAAGAAGGCAUUUCAGCUGAUGCUGUUAGAAUUUUACUACAUGCUGGACUUAUGAAAAGGGAUGAAGAAGAUGGCAGCCCAGUGAUAACUAGACAGGGAUUCCAAUUUUUAUUAUUGGAUCGCCAGGCACAAGUCUGGCAUUUCAUUUUGCAGUAUUUGGAUACAGUGGAGCAAAGAGGACUAGAUCUUGUUGAGUGUCUUACUUUCUUGUUCCAAUUGAGCUUCAGUACUCUUGGCAAAGAUUACAGCACAGAAGGUAUGAGCGCUGGUUUGCUCAUAUUUUUGCAACAUCUAAGGGAAUUUGGACUAGUUUACCAAAGAAAAAGGAAAGCCGGUAGGUUUUAUCCAACAAGACUAGCUCUAAACAUCACCUGCCUUCAAGAUAAAGGAGCUAUUGUCCUGGAAGAGGACACUCCAAAAGGGUACAUAAUUGUAGAAACAAAUUAUAGGAUAUAUGCUUACACAGACUCCAAUCUUCAGGUUGCACUUAUAGGUCUAUUUACCGAAUUACUUUACAGAUUUCCGAAUGUUGUAGUUGGUGUUUUAACACGAGACUCAGUGAGACAAGCCCUUAAGGGUGGUAUAACGGCUGAUCAAAUAAUUGGUUACCUCACACAACAUGCUCAUACCCAAAUGUUGACUAAUGAAACCAAAUCUCCCCUUCCUUUGACUGUAAUAGACCAGAUCAAAUUAUGGGAGCUCGAAAGGAAUCGACUCGUUUAUUCUGAGGGUGUACUUUAUAGUCAGUUUUUGUCGCAGGCCGAUUUCAACGUUUUGAAAGAGUAUGCUCAAACAAGCGGCUACUUGAUAUGGUGUAAUAAAGAAAAGAGAACGAUGGUAGUAAGCAAAGCAGGUCAUGACGAUGUUAAAAAGUUUUGGAAGAGGUACUCAAAGGGAAACUAGUUGUGAAAUCUCCUACGAUUAGUAUUAGUUGGAUUUAAUACGUUUGUAUCGUUAUAAAUGUGAAUUAUGGAUAAAAUAAAGUGAUACGAUAUUUUUUUC